AUCCCUCCCGAUCAGAUCCCUCGACAAUGGCACUCCAGGCAGCCUACGAGUACCUGCAGCAGGCCGUCGGCCAUGGCGCGUGGUCGUCCACGCAGACGCUGACGCUGCUGCUCAUCGCCGUACCCACCGUACUACUGCUGCUAGCGUCCCUCGCCAAGAGCACGUCGUCGUCCGGUAGGGGCAAGCCGCCGCUCCCUCCCUCGCCGCCGGGCACCCUCCCCAUCGUGGGGCACCUACACCACAUCGGGCCCCAGACCCACAUCUCGCUCCAGGAGCUGGUGGCCAAGUACGGGCACAACGGGUUCCUGUUCCUCCGCGCCGGCGCCGUGCCCACCCUGAUCGUGUCGUCGCCCAGCGCCGCCGAGGCCGUGAUGCGCACCCACGACCACAUCUUCGCGUCCCGGCCGUGGUCCAUGGCCUCCCACAUCCUCCGCUACAACACCUGCGACGUGGCCUUCUCGCCGCUCGGCGAAUACUGGCAGCAGACCAGGAAGCUGAUGAACACGCACCUGCUCAGCAACAAGAAGGUCUACUCCUUCCGCCAUGGCCGCGAGGAAGAGGUGUGCCUCGUCGUGGACAACCUCCGCGAGGCGGCCGCCAAGUCGCCGUCGACGGCCGUGGACAUGAGCGAGGUGCUGGCGGCGUACACCAACGACGUGGUGAGCCGGUCGGUGCUGGGCUCGACGCACCGGAAGAAAGGCCGGAACACGCUGUUCAGGGAGAUGACCAUGACCAACGUGGACCUCCUGGUGGGGUUCAACCUGGAGUACUACAUCCCGCGGUGGCCGCUGACGGACCUGCUCUUCAGGCUCGUGUGCUGGAAGGUCACGCGCCACCUCAAGCGCUGGGACGCCCUGCUGGAGGAGGUGAUCCACGAGCACGUGGAGAUGAGGAAGCUGUCCGGCGACAAGGAGAAGGAGUCGGACGACUUCAUCGACAUCUUCCUCUCCAGAUACGAGGAGUACGGCUUCACCAUGGAUAACGUCAAGUCCCUCCUCAUGAACGUGUUCGAGGCAGCCAUCGAGACCUCAUAUCUGGUGCUGGAGUCCGCCAUGGCCGAGCUCAUGAACCACAGGCGCGUCAUGAAGAAGCUGCAAGCGGAGGUACGGGCGUACGGAGCGGAGAAGAAGCUGGACAUGAUCAGGGAGGACGACCUGAGCAGCCUGCCGUACCUAAAGGCGUCCAUGAAGGAAGCGCUGCGGCUGCACCCACCGGGGCCCCUGCUGCUGCCGCACUACUCCACCGCCGACUGCCAGAUCGACGGGUACCACAUCCCCGCCAACACGCGCGUCCUCGUGAACGGCUGGGCCAUCGGCAGAGACCCGGCGGUCUGGGAGAAGCCCGAGGAGUUCAUGCCGGAGAGGUUCAUGCGGGACGGCUGGGACAAGUCCAACAGCUACAGCGGCCAGGACUUCAGGUACCUGCCGUUCGGGUCUGGGCGCCGGAUCUGCCCCGGGGCCAACUUCGCGCUCGCGACCAUGGAGAUCAUGCUCGCCAACCUCAUGUACCAUUUCGACUGGGAGGUCCCCAAUGAGAAGGAAGACGGUGGCGGGAAGGUGAGCAUGGACGAGACGUUCGGGCUGAUGCUUCGCAGGAACGAGCCGCUCUACCUUGUUCCUAGGGCCGUCUAGCUAGCUAGUUACUGUGCCGCCGCCGCCUCCUAUCCAAGAAUGCAUGAGUCUUAGACGUGUGGCAGUAAUAAUUGCGUGGGGUGUAGUAAAAUAAUAAGCACGUUUGUUGAGUUGUAAUGGAUUCACAUUAUGUGCAUUCGAGACAGGUCCAAGGAAUUGUAUCUCUAAAGUGAAAAUUUCCUUUUUCACCACGAUGAA